AAAUAACUUCCUUGGAAACUUUUGUCAAGUAGAGAGAGAGCUGUUCCCUUCCCGUGGGGUAAACGCUGCUGCACCUAUUAAUAGGUCUGCAGCACAUUAUCAUGGACGUUGUCAGCGUUAUACCGAGCGUUUAGGUGGUCGGUGGUCUGCACCGGUGGUCAUGGCGAGUGCUGGCUGCGUGUCGGAUAUCGCGCUGUCCUAUACUGUGGACUCGCUCCAGGUGGUCCCCGGGUUACUGGCGACCGCGGUGGUCCUGGGUGCUGUGCUUGGGGUGACUGCAGCCGGACUUCUCUCCUGGUAUGUGUUCCUACCCCUUCUCUCCAGGAAGUUGCAGGUGAAGGACUCUGGUGCAAGUUUGCAGAGCAAGUCCGAUCUUAAAGCAGACGUCCAUGAUGCAUCCUCAAAAGCCAAAAAGAAGAUAAGAAUAAGGGAGUCUAAACUUUUGCCACUGGAUGAAGAAGGUGACCAGCUGCCAAGCAACGGAGUUGCCGCAUUUGCAUUAAAAGCCAAGGUUGUUUAUCCAAUAAAUCAAAAGUUUAGGCCUCUUGCAGAUGGAGCAUCAAACCCGUCAUUGCACGAGAACAGCAAGCGGACACGGUUGCCUAACCAGAUGUUUGAGGACUCAGCGGGGAGCAGCAUGGAAUCCCUGAGCCAGCCGGAGAAGGAGGAUGGCAGUUCCUCCACCACCAUACAUUCUAAUACAAGCCUGGAUAGAUUCUAUGAGAGAACGUUUCCCCGGGUCAGCAGCUUCCCAGAGGUCCUAAUAUGUAAUAGUUGUGACGUUAAAUUGUGCCUGUACAGCCUGUGUUUGCAAAGCUUGCCUCAUUUUGACACUGAAUUAAGACAAGAACAACAUAAUAUGUUUGCUCAGAUCCUCCGCAUAAACCUGACUGACCUGCUGCUGGAAAAGAAGAUUGAUAGAGACCUGUACACUCUCAUCCUUUCUUCGCAGGAGGCAGAGCUACAGGAACUUGAGCAGAGAUACCGAUCCGGAAUGACAGCGAGCAAGUUAUCACGUGGGCAAGGUUCAGAGUUUCAAACUAUGGAGGACAUUGAGAGAAGGGAGAGGGAAUACUCUGACCAUCUCAUGCAAAAUUUAGAAUGUUUCUGGAAGCAGAUAGAGAACGUCCAUCAGUUACUCCAUGAUAGAGGGAAAUGUUCUCAUGAUGAUGUUGGAAGGAUAAUGAUGAGCCUGAUCUCAAAGAUGAUUGUUGUGGAAAACAUCCUGUGUGAUUCCCAGGAGGUGCUGGCAAUGGAAAUGCAGGAGAAAAUGAUCCGCUGGGAGCACAUGGCGAAGGUGGUGGAUUCCCUGAAGUAUCAGAUACAGGAGGAAAGUGAAUGCCGGCUAAAUGCAAUCUCCAAAACCCUGGAGCAGUUGACCGUAAAGAAGAAGAUAACCGCAAGACAGAAGGAGCGGCACCUUACAGAGCUCUUCAAAGCGUUUUGGGAGGAGGUGUCUCGAUAUAAUAAAGAUUGCCUUCAGGAGACCAAAUCCCUGGUAAGGGAACACUUAGAGCAUCGCAGGAAGCUCACAGACAUCCUUCAUAAAGCCCAUAAAGAGGAGCAUCUCCAUUUCCUUGAAAGCGCUAAGGGCACCGUGGAGGCCGAUCGCUUUAUAAAGGAAUACCAUAAGCUACUGGAGAAACAGAGGGAGCUGUAUGGGGAGCUGGACGAUGAGGAAGACUGUAAAUCCAUUGAUGCUGUUGCAGAUCUCUGUAAGGACUUAUACACAGGAGCCUCGCAGACAUUUGAGAAGUUGGUGAAAAAGCUAUUUCUUCAGACCCUCCCGGAAAUGACGAACUUGUCUUUAGGAGAGUGUGAAAGCCUCAAGCAUGAGCUAAGGCAUAAUCUCUCCAUUGAGCUGGAUAAGGCCGAAAAUGAAAGAAAGACUAAAAUCAAACUCUUCCAGGAGAUACUAGUGCAAGAAAAGCAGCUGUGGGCAAAGGAACAAGUUUUGUCAUCUGCGCUAGAGAAAUACAUAUGUGAGACACAGCAGCAGAUCGUCCAAGGGGUCUUAAAUCGAUUAAGUGGUCUCAGCGAAGAAUCCAACAAACUAGCUCUUCAAAGACACAAGUUCUUGCUGAGAUCCAUCCUGCGCACACUCUCCCUGCGGAACAUCGCCAUGGCAACCUUAACACAGAUGAGAAUGUCCAGGAAGAUCGUCAUUGUCCAGGAGCUGAAGGAGCAGCACGCGUUAAAGACAUGCAGGUGGCAUUUACAGGAUGAAGAUCAGUGGCAAUCCCAAAAGGAGAUGGAAAUGCACAUCUUAGAAGAGGAGAGUAAGUUGGAUGAGGAAACUUGGCAAGCACGCAGGGACUUCCAGCAGCAGCUACUUUUAGACCUGACCGAAGCGAACCACGGAAUCCGGCAGCACAUGGAACGGGCGAUCGGACAGGUGCUGGUACACCACGCACAGCAGGAAGCUGCCAAGGCCAUGAUGGAAGAGAAUGGUGAUUUUAAGGAUCGCUUGGUGGAAGCUGCAGUGGAGAGCGUGUAUGUGACGAGCAACACUGUUAACAAGUUAGUCCAAAGCUACAAUCAAAAUAUAGAACAGAUCCUGAAGGACUGUGAAAAGGAGAAGAGCAAACGUUUGAAGGCAAUACGAGCCAACACCGAUACAGCAAAAUUACAAAGUAACUACAAACUGUCCUUUCCGGUAGUCAAAGAGAAGCUCCUGGGUCCGGCAUCCAGCUACGAUCUCCAUGACAGAUUAAUUUCCCAACAAAAGCAAUUACUGGAGAAGACCCGAGUAUAUCAGUGGAAUCGCUUGGACUCCCUGAGACAGAAGAAGUCCAUCCUGCAUCUCCUGGAAGGACAGCUCGAAAACAAGCUGAAGGAUGCAGAGCAAGACUUCAUUGCCGAGCUGGCCACCAUGGCUAGGAUACGCCUCACCGACAAUUCUCCAGUGAACAGGACCAUGCAGUCUGGUCAGUAACAGUGUGUAAGAACCCGGCAGUAAAGUUCUCGCUGUGAAGAAGGUAAAAUGACCGUGUAAAGCCCACAGAAAGGGAAGUGAUUGAAGCAUUUUACACAGUCAUACGAAUGAACAAGGAUCGGAGUACUAAGUGAAUGAUCCCACAAAGUGCCCCCUUUUCUCCUGCUUAUAUGCAGUGUGCACUAAUGGUCAUUGCCGAAUGGACUAAUUGUGGACUGUGUCUGGAGUCGGACAGGUUCCCGUCUGUCCUGUAACAGAUCUAGGGCAAUAAAUAUGGUCACAUAAGAAGGUUCUGUAACUUGUACUAAUGAGGACUACAACUCCCAUCAUGCCUUGUUUCCUGGCAGCCAUGUUUGUUUUACAGAUGUUUUCAGUGCUUAUUGUGUGUACAUAUUAUUUAAAAACUCCAAAUAUUAAGAAGAGACAUUCUUAUACUCAGCAUCUGAGAAACUGCACUGUGCGAUUGGGAAUUGUUGAAAAAUAGGGAUACUUUCACACCUGGUUAUAUUACAGCAAUUUAUGUACAGAUGGCAUCUAUCACACUGUAUUUUAUACUUAUCAGAUCUUUGAGUGGUUUUUGAGCUGAAGUCUAUUAGCUGUACUGGGCUCAGGAGAAGCAGAUAAUAAAUCACUGGGAAUAUGGCGCGGUGGCCAUUCUCCAGGUGUUUUGCGCAUGCAAUGUAGGUAAAUUGUUGGGCUAAAUUUCCCUUGUAGACCUGCACAUUGACAGUAGGCUCUAGCACAUUGAUAGUCUGCAAGCACAAUAGCGCUCACAUAGACAAAGCUUCCGGCUAGAGAGGACAGGGCCCAGAUGGAGGCUGCUCCACCUCCUCCACUCAGUACUCCCCUGCAUCUACCAGUGUGUGUAACAGUGAGUACGGCUGUACCUGCUUUAUCUUCAAAUAAAAAUACUCCACUGAUUAA